CGGCCUCGGCCAAUGGAGGCGAGAAGGAGGGCCGCUGCUUCCAGUCGGAGGGGCAGAGGGAGUUCAGCGGGUUAUUGUUGACGUCUGUGGCAAGGAGCAUUUAUUGUGCAGCAUGGCACGUCGCCCACGCAACAGCCGUGCCUGGCGUUUUGUGCUGAGCGGAGUGCGCAGAGACCAGGAAACCCGAGCCCCAGCUCUGCCUGCAGGAGAAGAGACCCGAGGCUAUGACUCUGAUGGACAGCACAGUAACAGCGACUCAGAGGUUGAGCUGCUGCAUUUGCCGGCCUCCAUUCCCAGCGCCGUGCCUGUGACGGGCGAGUCAUAUUGUAGUUGUGACAGCCAGAAAGAUGCCUAUUGCUCCAGCCUGUACGCCUUCCACCAAAUCAAGAGCUGCCAGUGUGGAGAGGAAGAUGACUACUUUGACUGGGUGUGGGAUGAUGGGAGUAAAUCCACAGCGACGGUGCUGAGCUGCGACAAUCGCAAAGUGAGCUUCCACAUGGAGUACAGCUGCGGUACAGCUGCCAUUCGGGGCACUAAGAUGCUUGGUGAGGGACAGCAUUUUUGGGAGAUUAAGAUGACGUCACCAGUGUAUGGAACAGACAUGAUGGUGGGCAUUGGAACAUCAGAUGUAAAUCUGGACAAAUACCGUCACACAUUUUGCAGCCUUCUAGGGAAAGAUGCAGAGAGUUGGGGGUUAUCAUACACGGGAUUACUUCAGCACAAGGGUGAUAAAAACAACUUCUCCUCACGCUUUGGUCAGGGAUCAAUCAUUGGCGUGCACCUGGACACAUGGCAUGGUGUGCUGACCUUCUACAAGAACCGCAAAUGCAUCGGCGUUGCAGCGACACAGUUGAGGAACAAGAAGCUGUUUCCGAUGGUCUGCUCCACAGCCGCUAAAAGCAGCAUGAAGGUAAUUCGCUCGUGCUGCUGCCGCACGUCCCUCCAGUACCUUUGCUGUGCCCGCAUCCGCCAGCUGCUGCCCGACAACGUAGACUCUCUGGAAGCCUUGCCCCUCCCUCCCGGGCUCAAACAAGUCCUGAGCAACAAAUUGGGCUGGGUCCUGCAGAUGGGUGUCAACCCUAGCCGACAGCGCAAAAGCGACAACGCGGCCAGCACCUCCUGCGGAAGUGACUCUGACAGCAGCUGCCCACCACAGCCAAAGGACUGUCAGCGAAAGCGCUGCCGCAGGAUUUAACGGGUGGUGGAGGGAAGGGUGCAGCCUGGAGCCCUUUUAUCACUAUCUGCUAUAACAUCCACUGUGAACUCUUAAAAGGAUCAAGAAAGGAGACCUCUUCUGGCAAUGAAAAGGAAAAUUUGACCUUAAGAGACCAGGGCGAUUAGGAGAUGCGUACUGAUCAUCUUAUUAUCUUAUGACCAUUACAUUUAA